AUGCGUCUCUCUAACCUACUCCUCAUCGCUGCCGCUUUCAUCUCGGCUGUAUCUGCGGCCAAUCGCUGCCCCCCUGGUAAAGGGUGGCAUGACAAGGGUUGUCAGGACUGCCAGGCGGGACAGUACUCCAAUGGCGACACCUGCAGCGAAUGCCCAGUCAACACAUUCUCCCGUCCGCGGUCGUCGAGCUGUACGGACUGCCGAGCGGGCGAGGAUACCCGCGGACAGACUGGCGCCAGCACCUGUACCAAUUGCGAGUCUGGCACCGCCACUCCCGGCAAGGGCCAGUCAUGCACUGCUUGCAGCAAGGGAUUCUACGCCGAGCACCGUGGUUUGGCAAAGUGCGAGUCAUGCCCAUGUGGCUCGUACGGUCCUAACGAGGGCGCAACCGACGAAAAGCAAUGCAAGAAGUGCGUCGACUUGGGCGUCGUCUUUGGAUCCGCUGCCGGUGCUGCUAGCUGCUCGAAAGCUGGCGACACCACUCAAGGCGGAUUCUUUAUCGGAUCCAAACAGUGCAUUAUGCCCUGCGGGCCCCGAUCGGCGUCCGACUCCCUCAAGUCUGGCCCGUGCGACCGAUGCCCCACCCGUACCAGGCCCGACGACCCGCGGAAGACCUGCACGGCCAUCCCUACCAGUGAUCCUGACUUCCACAAGCGACGCAACGCCGGCAUCAUCUGCCCCAAGGGUAUGACCCCCUGCCCCAUCCCCCGUCGUUCCAAGAGCCGUCACACCGUGUUUGAGUGCGUCGACACCUCGACCGAUGUCUUCUCCUGCGGCGGGUGUCCCAAGGAGGUCGGAGGGAAAGGGGAGGACUGUACGGCGGUGGAUGGGAAGGUGGCGAGUGUGCGGUGCGAGUUGGGGCUUUGCAAGUUCGACUGCGCGGAGGGUUGGGCGGUGGGCAAGUCGUCGUGCGAGCGUGUCGGUCCGUCAGCUACCGAAGGCUUUGCGCUACAGUUCCAGGCUAAGAGGGGGAACCGGUCGGCGGUGGAGAAGAAGAGGACCAUCGCGGGCAAGGCGGGUAUCAUGGGCUCAUUGUAG